GCCUCGUGGUCCUCGUCAUCAUGAUGAUGCUUAAGUUGCAAUAUACAGAGGAUUCCUCUUGUACACAUACUCAACAACAACAACAACAACAACACCACCACCAUCUCAUCUCUCACCACUAUCACCACCAAUCGGCCUGUAUGUUGAUUCUGGGUUUGCCACUACAUCGUGCCGUGCUGCCGUGACAGCUUCAGCGGUGUUACAGAUGGGCUGUUGUGGAAGUCUGGUCCUCAAGAGGGCCGAGCAGAGGGCGGCGCAUGAUCCAUCGGCCACUUGCUGGCUGAGUCUGAGACUACUGGAACAAUGGAACAGACACAGGCCACUGAACUGUCCACUGCAUCAUACUCUUUCUUUUCUCUGUGUCAGAAGAAUUGGCAGAGCAUCG